AUUGAAAUGACGAAACACUUGAUGAUUCACGAUGGAUUCGACAAUUGUCUUUCUUUAUCUGAAAUCGUUUGUUUGUUUGUUCGUAGUGCAGUAAACUGGGCAUACAAAAAGUGACUGUUCUAAAAUGUGUUCCACACAAGUGACAUUUGCGAGAGAGAAAAAACACUGGAGAAACGAUGAAUUGAGGUUAUGAGUGUGUGAAAAAACAACUUCUCAAUUCACUUUGACAACAUCGUUAAAAUUGGAGGGAAUCACUUAAUCCGUACGACACACAAUUUUCCCGUUUAAAAUUUUUAAUUAUUUUUUCAUGUGCUGAAAUUCAAGAUUUUCCAUGAAAAAUAAACAUUUUAAUCGGUGUCAUUGACUAUUUAACAGAUGUACUCGAACGUAAAGCCAACUUCAUGUGCGUUAUGCAAAUGAAUAUAUCGAUCGGUUUUAAAAACUGAAGAGCAACAACAAAACUUACCUACAACAAAACUAUUUUGGUUGUUAUUUAUAAAACUGCAGUAAUCCAGAACCUUUAUUAAUAAUUAUUAUUGUUUGUCAACGAUUUGUUGAAAAGUAUUCUUGCAAUGAAUCUAUGUCCCAAAAAGAAAGCCGUUUAAGUCAAUUCAAAACUAUUUUAAUCUUGUAUUAAUAUUUAAUUAGCACUAAACGGAGUAAACUGUGUCGCAGCUAAAAAAAUACGGAAUAAUGACAACCGAAGAUUUGCGGAAUUUAGAGAAAUCGGUCCAAUGUGCCGGUAAUCAUUUGGAUUCGCUUCAAAGUCGAUUAGUCCAGGUAGAGAAAACACUAUUGUUUGAUGAUGAUGUUGUGGACAGUGUUUCAGUGAUGGAAGUAUUGGAAUCGGUCACCGAAGUGAAGAAUGAAUAUCAAAAUCUCCACAAAGACAUCAAAGAAGUACAACAAUUACAACGCGAGAUGACAGCAUCGCUACAAUAUCAUUUACGGACGAUGCGACAAACAUUCAAAAUAUUAAAGAAAAAACUGGAAUCACGAAUGGAACCACUGCCAUCCGAUUCGUCAACAUCGUCGUCACCAUCGAUGCAUCAUCGUUAAAUGUGCCCUGGUGGCAACGAAUUAAAUUUAUAUACAACGAAAUUUACCACACGAGAUAGAAACCCGCACGUUAAAGGUCGUAUGCAAUUACUUAUAUUAUGUUAAACAAAUGCUCCUGUGAACUACUUUAGAUUACUUUUAGUUUGUGUAUGUUUUAAGCUUGCAAUAUUAGAUCACUGGAUAGAAUUGAACAAAUUAUAAUUUCGGUUUUCGAUCAAUUUAAAUUCUAUUAUUCUCUUUCACAUUAUGUUAACACCAAAAUAAUUUGUUCAAUUUUAUAAACUAAAUUAAACCAAAACAGCAUCAUAAGUGAAACGAUACGAAAACCAAAUCGAUUUGGAAUGUGUACGAUGCGUGAUUUGGUUAACAUUGUUUUUUCUCAUUCCUGUGCUUCUUGUAACAAAAAAAAAAGAAAUUUCAUUUAAAAUUGAAAAUAAGUCAAGAAAAAAUCCGAAUAAAAUCGGUUGCAAUUUGAUUUUAUUAAUCUCGGAAUGACUGCAUGCCAAAUAUGUCUACCUCUAGAAAUGAAACAGCUGAUGACUCUCAUUUUACAUUUUAACAGCUGAUUUCAGACUGCAUUCCAUUCAAUUAAAAAACAAUCAAAAAUUCAUUAUAAUUAAAUAGAAUGAUUCAGCGACUGUUUAUAAAGAUGACAAAAAAAAAUGAACCAAAUCGAAAAAGAGAAAUUAAAUCACGACCUGUGAAUUCCCUGAAUGCACAUUUUUACGAUGAAAAUUAAAAUCAUUUUAAAUACGAAUCAAACAGCAUUGAGUCACAUCUAGAACAAUCACGAACAUUCACUUAAUACAUGUGACGCAUCCCAUUUAAUAAUAAUAAUACUUUCAAGUAAAUUGUGAAUUUCAUUUCAGUUUAUUUUUAUUUUCCAUGUAUUUGGUUUCAAAUUAAAAAUAAUAACUCAUCCCACAUUUUUUUUUCAAUGAAGUCACAUUAAUCGAAAUGAGUGUACUUAUUUCGAAUCGAAAAAUAAAAUGAACCAAAAAAAUGCGGCAUAGCGAUUAAGACAUUAAAAUCAAAGCCCGAAAAAAACCUCGCUUAAAAUCGAGCCAUUUUAGUUUUUUUUAUUAAUUUUGUGUGCGUUGUGAAGUAUUUGUAGAACACACUGGAGCAAUUUGACAUCAAACAUCUAAUGAUAUAAUUGAUGGAUAGCGAAUAUCGCUUUUAAAAAUCGGUUGUAUGUCUAAAUUUAAAAUUAAGUAUAUUUAAUAGAAAUAGUUUGAUUUCAAAUCGCUCCAAAUGAAAAUUAAAUGCAACAAAAAGUAAAACAAAACAUGUCUGAAACUAUGUAUUGGUGUUGUCCCUUUUAUUUCGAGGGAAUCUAUGCCAUAUGCCUUAUUUUAAUUUAUUCAAGUUUUUUAUUUAAAAAAAAGGGGGGAAAUAAAAUAAAAUAAAAAAGGACGGAAAUUUUCUUCAAUAAUAUGUGUGAAAGAUAGUGAAAGAUAGAUUUUUAUAUGGAUUGAGGAUGACGUUAAGAGAAUCGAACGUUUUUUUUUCAAGAUCAAAAGCGAAUGAAUUAUUAUGAAGUGUGGAAUUUCAUCAUAAACAUCAUUUUUCAGUGAAUACUUUUACAUUAUUUCCGAUGAAUUUAUCUUCGUAUAUAUGUAUUAUAAGAUCACACACGUACAAUAUUCAUUUUAUAUUCGCCAUGAUGCAGUCGAUGUACUCAGAAAUAUUUAUAGAAUUGUUAUUAAUUCAGUAAAUGUUUCUUCGUCAAUUCAUGUCAAAACUCAAUAUUUAUUAGAAGCCAACGUUAAAAUAUAGAAAUUACUUCAUAACGAAAAUAUUAUGCAUACACAUAAAUAUAAUCGUUCUAGAGCACGUUCGUAUUUAUACACUGUUUAUAUAAAAAAAUCAAUUCGUUGAAUCAUUGUUUUCAAUUUUACGGCAUAUAUGUCACAAAAUAAUAAUAAUAAUCGAACAUUUUUAGGAAUACUUUAGUAAAAGUGUACACAUUGUACAAUACCUUUUUAAUAUGGUGAUUUUCCUACUUUUUAUGCAUUUUUAUGAAUAUUUUGGAUAUGUGAUACAUAUUUCACGAUUUAAUUUCUGAUCUAAAAGAAAUCUGUUGCUGAUAAAUUCUGAAGCGAACAGUCAUUCUUAUUUAAUCGAAGAUUUUUUCUACUUUUUCGUUCAUAUUCCUUGGAUAUUCCAUAUCUCUUCUCAUAGCUACAAGGACUAACACAUAAAUGUUAUAUUUCGAUCCGUUUUCAAAUCAAGAUACCAUAAAAAUAAAUCUCAGUCACACAUAUCCAUGACAAAAAUACGAAACGAAAACUGACGCAAGACAAUAAUGUCUUGAAUCCACAAAAAAAAAAACAGAUAUAUCCAAGAAAUAUCUCCGUACGGAUAUUUAUCGAGCUCACCUUCAAAUCUGGAAGCAGUAAAUUUUACAUUCGAAACAAUAACUCAGAAUAAAAACAAACAACUAUUGAUACCUGAACAAAAACAAUAAAAAAUUUAUUUAAAAUCACCAAAAA